AUGCCGCAACGCAAGGACUACACAAACGACGCCGAGCACCACGGCAAGUUCCAGGUGUGGCUCCAGGCAGGCAGCUUCCAAGGCAAGGCGCGCGACGGUGCGGCGGAGCGGCAGCAGCGGGUGAGCGCGCAGUACGAGAAGCGGGUGCUGGGCUUCGAUGCGUGGAUUCAAAAGCAGGGGUAUCCGUCCUUCUGCAAGCCUCCUUUCUUCGAGGGCUGGUACACACGCAUCAUCGCCGAAAGCAAAAGCUUUGGCGUGAUCUUUGGUCACGUGUUUGCCGGCAGCGCCGGAGACAGCGGCAAGGGCCCACUCCCGACAACGUACGUAGCACUCCUUCGAGCAGCAGACGUCGGGGAACCUAUGGAGGUCCACAACUGCUAUCCGAAUGGACGGAACGUCACCAUCGGCGGCCAGCCCGUCAACUCUCCUCCCGACGUCCAAGGCCCGCCGGCAUUUGAGUGGCGCAGCUCGGCCGGCGCCUUCAUCGUCACCGCAGAAGAAACGUCCAUUGACAUCACUUGCGACGGCGUCCGCUUCGUUGCCGAACUCGACGGCGCCACGCCAUGGAGCGCCGGCGGCUAUGGUCCCGGCGGCCGCCUCUCUCAGCUGCCGCUGCCGCUGCACUGGUUUGUCUAUUCUCUACGCUCGCGAGUGCGGCGUUACGUGUGGUCGUCCACCGCUGGCGUAAGCGACGAGGGUGUGGAUGCGUGGGCCCACCAAGAGAAGAACCACGGCAAGGCCUUCCCGUCCUCGUGGACGUGGUCGCAAGCCCUCGACACGACCUCCGGUGCCGCCCUCGCCCUCUCCGGCGGCCCUCUCUUCGAGGGGUUGCCGCCCGCCUACCUGGUGGGCUAUCGGCACCCGGCGGGCAGCGGAAUCGCCAUCGACUUUGCCCCGGCCAACGGCAAGCUGAGCGCCGAAGUGAAUGGGUGCGACGGCUCCCUCCGCCUCGUCGGCACGCACCCGCUCACGGGCCACCGGCUCGAGGCAAAUGUCACCGCGCGACCGUCGGAGCUGCGCCGUUGUCUGCUCGGUCCCACUGCGACCGGCUUCGCCCCCGUGUGCGUCGAGUCGUACGCCGCCAACGCAUCGGUCGCUGUCUACCAGUGGGGCCGGCGGCUCGUCUCGUCCGAGAUAACAUCCGCAGCGCUCGAGUUUGGCGGCGACUACAUCUGCAAGCAGCGCAACCCAUGCCACGCGCCGUCGCCGACGGUGCCGACGCAACCAAUGGGCAAUGCGACGGCUGCCGCCGCGAUUGCCACCGCCGCCACUUGA